GACUCGCUGACAGUCGCAGCCCGGCCAGAGUCUCCGUGUGGCGGCCACAGUUCACACGUCAGCCCGGCCUCUGGUUCUCUGCGCUGCGUUCUUUUCUCCACUGUAAAAAUAUCUGUCACCGUGUGAGGAGCGUCUCAGAAAUGAGCUGAACAAUUAAAAGAGUGAGAGAAGUGAAGUCUCAUCUCUGCGCAGACUCUGCCCGGGUCUGGUGCGGACUUGUAACUGCCUGAGGAGGAUCACAGCAUCAGAAACACGCCGACAGGGAAACUAGUGCCGUUUCAAUGGAGUCCCGGCUGACAGAUAGUCUGAGGGUUGUGUUCAUCUUGACCAUCCUCCUCGCCACGGGCUCAAGUGAAAACGACCAGGGCUUGACAUUUUGCGGCACCUGGCGUCAUGGCAAACACUUGCUGCACCUGAGCUACAACCUCUCUCCAGGAUGCAAGGGGAUCUCCAUCUCAGCCAAUAAGAGCUCUCUGUCUGUCGAAGGGCAGAUCACAGCCCAGUGUCGGCGGUCUGAUGUGAUUGACCUCAAGCAGUUUGGACUCGAUUCGGAAGAGCAAAGUGACUUCUGUCUGUACUGGGAACCAUUGCUGGACCAGUUGAAGCUGCAGAUCGGAGGAAAAAACCUCACUCUGUGCAGGCCCACCAGCCUGCAGGGCACCUGCUGCACAGAUCUGUCUCUGGGCCCCAAACAGCCCGAGGCCGACUACGGCAUCGUCAAUGGAAGAAUCCAAACAGACAUCAUCACCGAGAAAACGCGCAUCGCCUUCAAGUUCAAUGGGAGGCCCAUCAGCUGCAAAGAGUUAUGUAAUCAAGCGAGAGGCGGAUCCACCCAAGUCAACAUGAUUGAAGACAAUGCUGAAGAUCCUUGUGCUUCCAGCUUUGAGGUGGAGAUGAACGAUGAUUUCAGAGGCUACAACGUCACAUCUCCCGUCACUAAAGGUGUAUUUCAAGAGUCCACCGCCACUGUCCAUCUCCCCUCUGCUCUCAAACAAGCUGUGAAGACGACAACCAAAGUAGUCUGCACAUUCUUCAGAAACAACACCCAAUUCCAGGUGGGUCACAAGGAGGUCAGGAUUCUCAGUGAGGUGGUGGAAAUUACCGUGGAGAACGAAAUCAUCAUUGAUCUGCCUGAGCCAAUCAGGAUUGACUUUUACCAUGAUGCCAUACCUAAAAUGCAUUCAAGGAAAUGUGUUUCAUGGGACACCAGGAAAAAUCCACUGCAGGUCAGCUGGUUGGUGGAUGGGUGUAUAACACAGCAGAGAGGAGCAGAGAACACAGAGUGUCUGUGUAAUCACCUGACCUACUUCUCCGUACUGGUGCAACUGGAGCCUCGACCAGUGCGCCAUCUCCUGGCCCUGACCACAAUUACAUCUCUGGGCUGUGCCGUGUCUUUGAUCAGCUGUGUUGCUCUCAUCACUUUUCUCUGCAGGAAGAGCAGACGACCGAAGGAGCAGUCCAAACCCAUCCACCUGGGCUUAGCCGUGUCCCUCGCCGCCCUCAACCUGCUCUUCUUCUUUACUGGGGUCCUGGCCAAUGUGGGCGGGGAGGGUCUGUGCACCUGGGUGGGGGCGGCCCUCCACUAUAGCCUGCUCAGCACCUUCACCUGGAUGGGUAUAGAAGUGUUCUACACAUUCUGGUUGGUGUGCAUGGUUUUAACCAAGUACACCUUACCAAAGCCCUACAUAUGGAACCUGGUCGGCUUCGUUCUCCCUGCUGUUCCUAUUGUCAUCCUGGCUGCAGUAGGUGACAUUUAUGGAAUGAGAGAGUUGGUGCCAAGCGAUGACGUCUCCAACCCUUAUCAGAUGUGCUGGAUGAAAUCUAACGACAAGGCGUUGCUGGCUCACUAUUUCACCACCAUGACGAUCCUGGUCAUCCUGGUGGUGUUGGGCAUCAUGAUGCUCUUCCUCAUCUACUGGAAGAUCCGUCACAGGGUUGAGUGGAGGCAGAACCGUGUGGCUUUUCUCAGUAUCUGGGGCCUCAGCUGCCUCUUCGGAACAUCUUGGGGUCUGACCUUCCUGGACUUUGGUCCCCUCUCUGACUUGGUUCUUUUCCUCUUCUGCAUCCUCAACUCCUUUCAAGGCUUCUUUCUGAUGCUGCGGUUCUACAUGCUGGAGUGGAUGAGUAAACAGGCUGGAGACUCUGCUCAGAGCAGCAACAGCAACGGAUCGACCAGGCAACACAUGCUGAAGGCCCCGGAGAAGAGUGAAAUGGACUGAAAAGGGUGUAAGAUGGUCCAGCAGUCAAGCUUUUUGUGUAGAAUUAAAGUGUUCCAAUUAAUGUAAAUGAUAAAAUGGAGGAUGUGACACCACAGGCUGAGACACUGUAAAUUCAAAGUUUGUUCAGUUGUGGUAACUGCUGGGAAAUCCGCUGAAGAGUGAAUUACAACGUGGCCCCAAUAAGAACUCUUUGGAAUCAAACAUCACAGGAUGGUAAACAUAAGCACAAUGAGUUAAAUUCACAGAUCGCACCUCGUUGGAUUUUAAAACUUGCCUUAACUCGGAUUUCAGAGGUGAUGAUGCUGGGUCAGCAGUUCUGUCAAAAGACCCCAGUACCUUUAGCCCCAAGUUUUUGAGGGAGUAAGAUUCAUUAGUUGUCUGAUAGAAUGAACAUUCAGCAAAAUUUGUUCAGAUGCAUUUGGCAAAUAAUCAUUUUGGUUUAAAGCUACUCUGGAAAUCAAGCUUUUAUUAGCCUGUGAGCCGGUCAUAGCGACGUCUUCCAGCAGCUCACACUGUAGCAUACUGUAGACCAGAAGCAUGGUCAUUGGUCACAUAUUGACUGAAAUGGAUGGAUAUUAGCUAAAUAUCAUUAUAACAUUGCUGGAAGCAUUUUGCUCAGUCCGGUGUGGUAAACUCCACAUCUGACUGUCAAAUCAGGUUAAAAAAAUACUUGAUUCUUCUUCUCUGGAGAAGAAAUGACACCCUCACUCAGGAACUCAUUAUUCAGGCCUGGAGCCUGUGUUUGUACAUUACCUAGACUGGCUCUAGGCAUAAAAGAGAAAUAGUUUAUUUGAGAUUUUCAGUUUCCAGUUCAUAGAAAAGACUAUGGAUAAUUUUUUAAGCUCUUCUUGUACCUUAGAUAAGCUUUGAUUUAGAAUUUUGUACUGUGUACGCUUUUGUGAGUCUUUUAAAGUAGCACUUUAGAUUUUGUAUUGUUCUAAUAUAAUUGAAGACAUUUCUUAUACAAUAUGUGUGUGUGCAUUGUAAAAUAAUAGCUGAAUGUUUUAUAUUAAAUAGACUCCAUAUUUUCUCUUUACUGUAUGCAAACAUUGAGUCAAAAUUAUUUACUUAAAAUAUUAUUAUUUUCAGGUCUAAACCUGAAGAAUGGACCAAACGCAUUUCAAUUGAGUCAUAGUUAAAGUAUGUAUAUUUGGCUGGCACAAUGUAUUUUUGUUUCUUUAUUUUUUUUACAUUCAUGAAUUCAAAUAGAAAUAAAAAAAUUCCUGCAUGUAUAAUUUUAGUUAACGUGACAUGUGCCCAUAAUGGAGUUUAUAGAUACUGUGAUGUUUGCACUGUUUUGUUCUCUAAAGUGAAUUUAUACGCCACAUGGAUCAUUGUGUAUAUUUGUGUUUUUGUGGAUCUACGUUGUAUAAUAGAUUAUUAAUUAAACAAAUCUUUUGGUUAAAGA